CUCGGGGAAUGCUCUGGUUCUCCCUUCCUGUGUUACCGCCCUUGGGCUGAGAGAGAAAUCAAGCACUGGAGACAUCGCUUUCAUUGGGAAGACUGGCGAUAUUUGGAGAUUUUUUAGUUAGGUCCCAUUAGCCUCAGGUAGCCUCGCCCUGGUCCGGAGCAGUGAGCUCGAGAGGAAACAUUGUGGCUGUGGUCCGCUGUUCAGUGUUGCAAAGCAAGAUUUAGCCCGCACCAUGGCGUUGUCAUUCAAGAAGGACCUGGAAAAGUACAAGGAUCUCGACGAAGAUGAGAUCCUCAACAACCUGUCGGCGGAGGAGCUCAAACAGCUGGAGACGGCCCUCGAGGAGAUGGACCCUGAGAAUGCUCUUCUCCCAGCGGGCAUGCGUCAGAAGGACCAGACGACCAAGCAAGAGACAGGAACUUUCAGCAGGGAUGGCCUUCUCAAAUACCUGGAGAAGGAAGCCAUGGAGUACAAGGACCGAGACGAUGUAGUGUCCUUCACUGGGGAGAGGAAAGGUAAAGUAUUCAUUCCUAAGCAGAGACCAAUAGAAACACGCCAGGAGGAAAUCACAACCCUCGAUCCAGAAUUAGAGGAAGCCCUGUCCAGCGCCACAGACACGGAACUGUGUGAUCUAGCAGCGAUACUGGGUGUUCACACGCUGGUCACCAGUAGUCAGACGUAUGAUGGGACCUCAUCUAAAGAGGGUUACAACAAUGUGAUCAAAGGGGAGAAGAUGACCCCAGUAUUUGAUGAGCCUCCCAAUCCCACUAAUGUUGACGAAACUCUGCAGAGGAUAAAAAGCAAUGACAGCUCCUUGACAGAGGUCAACCUCAACAACAUUAAAAACAUCCCGAUUCCAACACUGAAGGAAUUUGCCAAAGCCAUGGAGAAGAACACGAGCGUCAAGAAGUUCAGCCUGGCAGCAACGCGGAGUAACGACCCAGUCGCGGUGGUGUUCAGUGACAUGCUGCGAGAGAACAAGACGUUGCGGAGUUUGAACUUGGAGUCUAACUUCAUCACCGGGGCCGGGAUGCAGAGUUUAGUUGAUGCGUUGCGAGACAACGACACACUCACAGAGAUCAAGAUAGACAACCAGAGGCAGCAGCUGGGUACUACUGUAGAGAUGGAGAUGGCUAAAAUGUUGGAACAAAACAACACCGUAGUGAAGUUUGGCUACCGCUUCAACCAGCAAGGACCUCGCUCCAGAGCUGCUGCAGCUAUGACCAAGAACAAUGACCUGGUACGCAAGAAGCGAGUGGAAGCAGACGUGUAGGGACGGAGCUGUCUCCCAGCCAAUCCUGAUGUUUCAUCUCACCAUGUGGAAUAAUUUCAGCCAAUGCCCUGGUCUCAUCUCACUGUGUGGAAACUUAAGUCUUGUGCCAAAUAGUAGGGCAAGGCAUGCUCAACCCGAACAUACAUCUGAGAAGAAGGGAACUAACUGGAAUUGCCCUAUCCCAUUUAAAUGUUCAUACUUAUGUUUAUUAUUGUUAUGUUGUUAUUGAAGGUGUAAAUCUGAUUAGCUUUUAGUCAUUCCAUUUCAGCUGCUCCUUUCUUCUUCUUUUUGUUUUUUGAGCCUUUAUGCGAUUUGUCCAGACUUUUUAAUUGUUUUUUUCUUUCCUUUUAUACUACGCUAUAAUCAUUGUGGAGUAAUCAUGAAAUUGACCAAGUAACAGAGACAACAAUUACACCUUUUGUCAAAAAACAAUAACAUUAAGAGUCCUCUACUAUGAUAGUUUGAGGCCUAAGCUACAAGUAUAUUACCCGUAUUAGACCAACAAAUUGUGUCAUUAGAAAGACUUAAGCAUCAGGAAGUGACAGACACACAGCUACUGCAAACCUUAUCCGACUGUACAGCUGUACGAUAACAUAAGGUAUCAUGAGGUAACAUAAGUCACCAUGGGGGUGCAGGUGUAGUCGAUUGGAGUUGUUGGUCCAUCUCCUUUAUCCGGCUGGUGUGUGUAACGGUUAGGCCUCAGAACAGCUGAUGGCUCACCCCCUUACAUGAAUUUAAUACUGUACGUAUCAAUGCUUAAUGUUUUAUAAUACUUAACGGUUUCAUUAUAGCUUAAGAUCUUAUCUUCAUACUGUUCAAAUUCCUUAAAUGUCCUUAACAUGAAAUACAACUAGGUGUACUGUGAAAAGAACAGGAUGCUAACUUCUGCCUGCUCUUACAAAGGAUGCUGUAACAUUGGGUUUCUCUGAUGCUUAACCAUGACAAAGACUUACGCAUGCAUUGGUUAAUAUCACUAUGGUAACGGUUAUUGAUUUUGGCUUUGUCAGCAACAGUCACUUCCUCGCAGUACACACAAGGGAAACAACAAUUAUCUAGACAUUGUUUAGAUCACAUCAUGCCAUUACAUUUUUAUUUAUUUUCAUGUUGUUGGCCAUUUAUAGCACAAUUUUCAGCAAGUAGUUCACUGAGAUGUGAGGAGGAGUCUGCGAACACAGGCUGCGGCUACUUGUGAACUAUUUCUCCUCGAUCUUAAAUUUCACUUUCCCUCGUUCACACUUCCCUUGGCUCUCAGCAGUAGCAUGUCAUUCCUUAUGUAACAGAUAACAACAUGCUAUGUGUGCCUCAAACUGAACUUCCUGAGGUACACUCACCUGCUUGAGAGGCGAUUAACAGGACUAAUUCAGGAUUACUUGAAACUUGUAUAUACUGUGUGUAAUAGGAACAAUAUGCUGGCAUGAACAUCACAUCAUGUUUCUGUCAACCAAAAAUGUUCCUUCAUCUUAACAGCCUCACAUUCCUUGGAAAAUAAUUUUGGGUUUUAUAUCUGUGUACUUCUUACCUGCUCAUAUCUGUUCGUAUUUUCUUCUUGGACCUAUUUUGUUUUUACAUUACUGUGCUGUGAUGGUGGACAGUCAGCUUAAGUGGAAAACUGCUUCUUUGCCUGGGCUUGUUAAAAGUGGUCUGUGAUUCAUAAUAUGUAUAUUAUUAAUUGUAAAAUGCCAUCUCAAAUUCAAAGUGCACACACUCACACAGGUUUUUAUGUGUGUACCACUUAGAUCCACACAACUCGUUUUUUUACUUUAAAUUUCAACUCCAGAUGUUGACUCAAUAUAAAGAAAAUGUACUAUUAUAAACCCACAGGACUGGUCAAAAAGCACUGCUGAAUAUAAGAUAUCCUCAACAAUAAAUGUUUUUACAUACUC